GCUUAGAGGGAACAUUGGUCACGUGGACUGGAGGACUUGCUCAUUUCACAGCUGUUAUAGCACUGAGAUAUCAAGCUGAAUUUCAAAGAGACUGUGAUACUCGGUGUAAUUUUACAGGUCAGAAGCUGCAGCCUCAGCAGGCACUUAACUGCUCAAGAUGUUGAAAAAACUCCUGCAAUAUGUUCGUACUGAAAAAAUCGGUCUCCUCGCUACAGUCGUCGGGAUGAUCACUGUCACUAUUUAUCUGCAGACUAAGACGUGCCCUUGCACAGGGCGCACUUUUGAAUGCAAUGAAAUCAUCGUCGUGCCUGUUUUUUUAGUGUUUUUCCUGGUGCUCCUGAUGGACCAGACAUUUCGGAGCACCGCGAAACAUCCAUCCACGUUUUUGUGCCUUGUAGUCAAGCGCGUAAUCAGAGCGUUUCUAAUCAGUCUGCUGUGGAUUGUAGCAUUGUUGAUUUUCACAGACUGGUAUGGUUGCUGUAACAUUGAUGAAAACACGAGCAAGCUGUUCUGCAAAUCCAGGGCCCUCACAACUGAACAACAAGCUCGAAAAGCUGAAGUGGAAAUCAAGUCAAGGCUUACUGCUUACUCUGUGCUCCUGGGCAUGACUGUUGUAGCUUUCUUCAUGACUUGGAGUGGAUGGAGAAAAUGGUUUAUAAAAAAAUACAGUUGGUGCAACAAGAAAACGUUUUACUACAAACUGAUUUUGGAAGAAGAGAAAAAAGUUCUGGAGGAGCUUUUGAGGAAAGAAGCAAAUGAGACUUUGACUAAAGAAAUUAUGAGCAACAUAAAAAAGAAAGACUGGGACGGCUGUUUUAAUGUUGCUCAACAAAUGAUCAAUAAAGCAAAACAUCAAAAACCAGAAGCAACCAACCAGCAGAUCAACUGGAUCAGUGAGGGGAGCUCCAACAGAGGGGGACAGCAUCAUCAAGCAGCAGCACAUCAGCAGGCACAAAACUAUGAACUUGAUGCUGUGGCACAAGAAAACAAAGACACCAUGCCGUUAUUUGACGAAUCUGCCUGAAAGAGCAUCGAGGUACGCAGCUCCAGAAACAACGCAAGUGACCACAGACAAGUUAUACACCUUGACAGGCGACGUGAGGUAUAGAGGGAAAGAGAGGUCGGAUAAAAGGUCUUAAUAUCCACCCUUAUGUGAUUAUAAAUGGAUUGGGAUGAAUCUGUAAGAGUUUUUGGAAAGGGAAGCAGGAGACUGUUGUUGUAGAGUGGAUUGAGGAGAAAGGAGACUGAAGCUGGGGGUUUUUUUGGUUUUUUAAAAUUACUAUGCCAACUCCUUUUAGUUUUGUAAAUAUUGGCUAUAUUGUAUGGAGAGGUCUUAUUUUAUUCUUACUUUACUUUGCAAAUUUAUUUGAAUUAGGCUAUCCAAUUAGGAUAAAUUUCAUGUUGUUGGUUGUAAAGAUCUGGAUGGAUAUUUUAUUCUUUAUUUUAUUUUUUGAUUCUAUUUUUCAGUUUUAUUUUUUCAAGACUUGGUAAAUUGACUUUUAUUUUUAUAACUUGGUCUACAUUUUUAGUUUUGGUUAAUAUUGGCAAUAGUGAGAAGUGUCAUUGUUAGGUUCGAAUAUAUUUGAUAUAGGCCAUCUAUAUACCAAAUUUCCCCUUGUGGGACAAUUAAAGGAUUAUUCAUCUAAUUAAAGUAAAUGUCAUUUGUUAAUUCAUUUCGAUCAUGUAAACAAUAUACAGCUACAUUUAGCAAAGAAAAUAAGAGAGGGAGAAAAAAAAUACUAUACAAAAUAAAGUUAAUACAUUUCAAUAUUGCUUCUGUCCUGAUUCAGUUACAUGUUGAAAAGGAGUGGGAAGAAGUACACACUUAUUUAAUCCCACCCCUUUGCCAUAAGUUAUCAGUCAAUACUUAGUCAGCUUCCUUACUGAUAUAAUCCGUAAGAAAAAUAGCAAACAGAUUUCUGAUAUAAUAUAUACUAUAUACUAUAUUAUCACAUCAUGAAAUUUUCUAAAUAGAGACAUUCACUGAAUUUCAACAUUUUCCCUUUCUUUAUAGUUCAAGAACAUCAUAUCUUUAUAACUCUUUUAGAACUGUUUUAUGUUUGGACGUUGCUUUAAUUCCAUAUUCAGACUGUUCCACAGUUUCACUCCAUGCACAGAAACACAAAAGCUUUUUCUUGUAGUAUGGACCUUCCCUGUUUUGAAGUUACAAAAACCCCUUAAGUUAUAACUUAUUUCUUUAAAAAAAAAAAAAAACAUACUCAGAAUAUUACCGGGCAGGUCCUAAUUUUUUGCUUUGAAUAAAAUUUGUGCUGUUUGGAAUUUCACUAAAUCAGCAAAUUUCAAUAUUUCAGACUGCAAAAAUAGAGAGUUUGUAUGUUCCCAAUAACCUGCAGUGUGGAUGAUUCGAACUGCUUUUUUUUGAAGGGUAAAAAGUGAAUGUAAUGUGGUUUUAUAGUUGUUGCCCCAGACCUCUGCACAAUAGCUUAAGUAUGGUGAAACCAGUGAACAGUAGAGAAUAUGAAGUGAUGUUCUGUCGAAUACCUGCUUUGCCUUGUUUAGUACUGCAAUGCUUCAUGACACUUUGGAAUGAAUAUAUCUUACGUGAGCUCUCUGGUUAAGUUUUUCAUCUAUUAUUACCCCCAGAAAUCUAUUUUCACUGACUCUUUCAAUAUCAACACCAUUUAUUUGAAUCUUUGCAUUUGUAUUUAAACUACUAUUUCCAAAUAACAUAAGUUUAGAUUUAUUCAAAUUUAAUGAUAAUUUGUUUUUAUCAAGCCAGAACUUCACUUUACUUAUUUCAUUAGUCAUAUCCUCCAAUAAAUUCUGCAGAUCAUCACCAGAGCAAAAAAUGUUUGUAUCGUCAGCAAAGAGAACCAUUUUUAAUACUUUGGACACUUUACAGAUGGCGGUAAUGUAUAAGUUGAAGAAUGUUCAACCCAAAACUGACCCUUGGGAUACACCACAAGCAAUGUCCAUACAUAAGGAGCAACCACCAUUUAUUUUCACAAACUGCUUUCUGUCACUUAAAUAACUCCGGAACCAAUCUAAAGCUACCCCUCUGACACCAUAACGUUCCAGUUUUCUUAUUAAUAUAUCAUGAUCUAUAGUGUCAAAUGCCUUUGUCAAGUCUACCACAUAUUGCUUUUUGUCUAUGGAAUUUGUGAUGUAUUCUAUUGAAUCUAAUAAUGCCAAUGAUGUUGAUCUGCUUGAUCUGAAUCCGUACUGACUCUCGGUGAGUAGUUUAUGUUUAUCUAUAAAUUUUUCCAGUCGGUUGUUAAACAGUUUUUCAAUAAUUUUUGAGAAUUGAGGUAGUAAAGAGACAGGCCUGUAGUUUGUGAAAUGGUGUUUGUUGCCAGAUUUGUAUAGAGGUAUAACUUUUGCUGUUUUCAUUCUGUCUGCAAAUUGACCAGUUUGAAGUGAUAAAUUACAGAUGUAUGUAAACGAUUUUAUAACAGCCUCAAUGACUCUUUUAAUCACUAUCAUAUCAAUAUCAUUACAAUCCAAAGAUUUUUGAUUUUUACAUUUUUUAACAAUUUCAAAAAUUUCAUUUUCAUCAACGGCUGUGAGAAACAGAAUAUGGAUCUCUGUCUAUCAGUGUAUCCGGUUUUUCCUGUGCUUUCCCAGGAUCAGUGAUUGUUCUUGCUAAAUUUGGUCCAGCAGUUACAAAGAAUUCAUUGAGACUAUUUGCCACAACAUCCAUAUUGUAUUCUUCAUGGUUAUUAUCAAUGAAAUACUUGGGAUAGUUCUUUGGUCCAGCCCCACGUUUUAUAACACUGUUCAUUAUUUCCCAUUAUCUUUUAAUAUUAUUUCUAUUUUUAUAUCUAAUUUCUUCAUAUAGUAUUCCUUUUUACUAAAUCUAAGUAUAUUAGUUAACCAAUUUUAAUAUCUUUUGUAUCUGAUUUCAGCAUCUUUAGUUCUCUUUCUUAAGAAAUCUCUGUAUAGACCAUUUUUCUUUAUACAUGCAUUUAGCAGACCUUUUGUUAUCCAAGGACAGUCCAUUGAGUUUGUUUCCUACUAUAUUGCUUUAUUGGACAGUUGGUAUUGUACAGUAAUGUAAAUAUUCUAAGGAAUUCAUUAUACGCACUAUUAACGUCCUGUUCCUGAUAUACUUCACCUCAGUUCUCUUUCAGUAAAUCUGUUUUAAAUGCAUUCAUUUUUUCUUCUGUUCUUAUUCGCCUGUACUCUUUUUUACUGUCCAUUUUAUUGAUCUUGUAAUUCCUAUCAUAGAUUGUAAAAAUUGGAAGAUGGUCACUUAUGUCAUUAAUCAGGAGUCCACUUACAGUCUUAUUUUCAAUGUCAUUUGUAAAAAUGUUGUCUAUGAGAGUUGCACAAUGUGAUGUGAUCCUGGUGGGUCUAGUAAUUUUAGGGAAUAGGUUCAUACAGUACAUUGUGUUUAUAAAUUCCUCAGUGGUUUUAUGUUUAUUUGGGUUUAGCAAAUCAAUAUUGAAGUCUCCACAAAUGAAAACUUUUUUGUGAGCUAUUUCAAUAAAUGCUUCUUCUAUCCAGUC